AUGGUCUCAAUCUGCAGUCUCUGUUCCUUUGUUCUUUCCUUUUCCUUUGCUUUCGUACCGCAAUUCUCCAUCUUUAUUGAUGCUCAAGCUCCAAGUUAUUUUCAACCAAAAAAUGAAAAAGCUCAAGAUUAUGAUUAUCCAUCUGCCCCAAUUUCAACACGGUGGACGAACGAUGGAACAACUAAUCGCUCCAUAUUGCAUGGAGAUGGAUAUAUCGUGCGAUCAAUUCUACUCCAACGCAAAGGGCCAUAUUAUGAACCUGCCUAUGCUUGCGGCUUCUACUGUAAUGGUAACUGCGAAAAUUACCUCUUUGCUGUGGUCAUAGUCACAUAUACCAUUGAUGAUUUGUUGGAUCCACAAGUAGUGUGGUCUGCCAAUCGAAACAAUCCCGUAAACAUCGGCGCGACAUUAGAGCUCACAUCCGAAGGAGAUUUGGUGUUGAAAGAUGUUGAUGGCACUGUUGCUUGGUCCACAAACACUUCUGGUAAGUCCAUCGUAGGCUUGAAGCUGACAGUUUUGGGGAACCUUGUGUUGUUUGAUAAGAAUAAUGUGACUGUUUGGCAGUCAUUUGAUCAACCAACCGACUCCCUUGUUCUGGGACAAAAGUUGACGCCUGGGCAAAGAUUGAUACCGAGUGUUUCUUGGACAAAUUGGACCAUAGACGAAAUGAUCACGCUUUCCCUGAAUAGCGAUAAUUUAGCUGCUCAAUUGGGGACUAGUCCACCUCUCAUCUAUUAUCUAAAUGGCAAUUUUCCUGUGGAUGCAAGUAUUGCGUUGGCAUAUGUUCAGUUUGUAAAUGGAAGCUUGACUUUUUUCUCAAAUUCUUCCCAGAAGCUGACUUUGAUUGUACUCCCUCAAUCAUCUAAUGCGCAAUACAUGAAGUUUGGCUCGGAUGGGCAUUUGAGAGUAUAUCAGUGGGCAUAUGGGUGGAAAGAAGUGGCCGAUCUUUUGACAGAUCAUGUUGGGGAGUGCGGUUAUCCAAUGGAAUGUGGACAAUAUGGAAUUUGCUUCAAUGGGUUAUGUGGCUGUCCGGCUUCGAGUGGGCAAGUGAACUAUUUCAAGCAAGUAAAUGAUUUGCAACCUGAUCUUGGGUGCUCUGAGACAAUUCCAUUGUCUUGUGAGGCUUCACAAUAUCAAAGUUUUCUGGAGCUCAAACAUGUCAAGUACUUCGCUAAGUUUGCUUUCCCUACAGAUCUGCAGACCAUGGAUUCUUUGAGUUGUAAAAAGGCCUGUGCAAAGAACUGUUCAUGCAAAGCGGCUAUAUUCCUACAUGGAUCGAAUCCCAAUAGUGGCAAGUGUUACUUAACAACUCAGAUGUUUUCACUAACAAAAAUUAACGACAGUAAGAUUUCUUCUGAUUAUACUACUUUCGGUACGAUUCCUUCUGACUAUACUACUUUCCUUAAAGUACAAAAUGUGGCCAAUGACGUUCUUAAAACUUCAGUUGGCAAUCAAAGGAGCAACCAUCUCCGAAUAAUACUUGGGUCCAGCCUUGGAGCUCUAUUUGCCACAAUGAUUCUCAUUGUAGUCAUAGUUUUGAUUGUUUGGAAGAGAGAUGAUAAUGAAACAGAGGAGAAUUAUCUUGAUCAAGUACCUGGAAUGCCCACAAGAUACAAAUACGAUGAUUUGAAAGCCAUUACAGAGGACUUCAGUAAAAAGCUUGGCGAAGGUGGUUUUGGUUCUGUUUUCGAGGGUACUCUAAUUGAUGGCACAAAAGUUGCAGUGAAGCGCCUUGAUGGUUUUGGGCAAGUCAAGAAAUCCUUUCUAGCUGAAGUUGAGACCGUUGGCAACAUCCAUCAUGUGAACUUGGUAAGACUCAUGGGAUUUUGUGCAGAGAAAUCCCACAGGCUUCUUAUCUAUGAAUACAUGCCAAAUGGAUCUCUAGAUAGAUGGAUUUUUCACAAAUCCAAUGAAUGUGUUCUCGACUGGCAACAAAGGAAGAAGAUCAUUCUCGAUAUGGCAAAAGCACUGCAUUAUCUUCAUGAAGAUUGUAGACAAAAGAUAGUUCACUUGGACAUUAAACCCCAAAAUAUUCUGUUGGAUGGGAAUUUCACUGCCAAGGUUGCUGAUUUUGGGCUGUCCAAGCUAAUCGAUAGGGACCAAAGCAAAGUUGUCACAACCAUGAGAGGAACUCCUGGUUAUUUGGCCCCCGAGUGGCUGAGUGCAGCAAUUACUGAAAAGGUUGAUGUGUACAGCUUUGGCGUGGUAAUCCUGGAGAUAGUUUGUGGGAGAAAAAUCUUCGAUCGCUCUUUAGAUGAAGAUGACAUGAAUUUGCUAAGCCUUUUUGAGAGAAAGGCAGAAGAGGAGCGAUUGUUGGACAUUGUGGAUAAUUAUAGUGAGGAUAUGCAACUAAUUGGGCCACAGGUGGUGAAUAUGAUGAGGAUUGCUGCAUGGUGCUUGCAAGGAGACUAUACAAAGAGGCCUUCCAUGUCAAUGGUCAUCAAGGUGUUAGAGGGCGCUAUGGAAGUUCAAGAUGACCUAGAUUUCAACUUCUUUGCUCAGCCUUCCACUAAUAGAGCAGCAAAACUCGGUCAAAUGGACAUCGAAUUCAAUUCAAACACUGCAUUACUACCCUCUGUUCUAACUGGUCCACGAUGAUGUUGCAAACUAGUAAAAAGUUUUUGUUCUCUAUAUAUCAAGCGGUAAAAUUGUGCAGGCAAUUGAAUUUUUCAGAGUUUGAACGUUCGAGUAUGUCAAUUUUUUUUCUAGCCCAAAGAAAGUCUGUGGCAUGAUAUCAAUUUUCAUUUUU